UCCUCUCCCUGCCCCCCCCCCCCUACGUAUGUGAGAUUCCGUGGCUUCCGUGGGCACAAACGGGUGUAUAAACUGGACCCCGAGAACCCUAAGUUGUCAUUCACACUUGUCGCACGGACACACCGACUCGCAAACCAGAGCUGAACUUCAGUGGAGAUAGCAGGCAGAGUCCGAGGCGUCUCAGGCUAACUCGCAUUCGGCUUUGGUUCGGUAUGGCAACCCGUUUGACUGCGCGGAUCCUUCGGGGCUCCAACACCCGCUUCAACUUAAAGAGCAGUCUCUCCCUGUGGCUAGUGAUUUGGUUGGUUUUGUUCAAGCCCAGUCCGGUUCAGAGCUGCCCACGCCUCUGUGUAUGCUACCCCUCCCCCAUGACCGUCAGCUGCCAGUCGCAGAACUUCACAGUGGUGCCCCCCGGAAUUCCCUUCGACUCACAGCGUGUAUUUCUGCAGAAUAACCACAUAACUGAGCUCCGUGUUGACUCCUUUGGCUUCGAAACACAGGUGCUUUGGCUCUACUCCAAUAACAUCACCUGGAUUGAGGCAGGUGCAUUCAGUGAGCUGAGAGAGUUGGAAGAGCUGGACCUAGGGGAUAACCCACACCUGCACCGGCUGGAGGGUGAGGCCUUCCGUGGCCUGGAAAAGCUGCAGAGUCUGCACAUGCAUCGCUGCCAGCUGGCUGCACUGCCCCAUGACAUCUUCCGCAAGCUCUACAGCCUGCAGUUCCUCUAUCUGCAGGAGAACCAGCUGCACUUCCUGCAGGACGACCUCUUCUCUGACCUGGUCAACCUCAACCAACUCUUUCUGCAUGGCAACCGCAUCCGCACCCUCUCUGAGAACGUGUUCAGGGGCCUAGUCAACCUAGACCGCCUGCUUCUCCACGAUAAUCGCGUCCGACAGGUCCACCGCAAGGCCUUCCGUGACCUGGGGCGGCUCACCAUCCUCUACCUCUUUAACAACUCUCUGGAGGAGCUGCCGGGUCAGGCGCUGCGGGAUGCAUCCUCUGUGCAGUUCCUGCGGCUCAACGGGAACCCCUGGUCUUGUGGCUGUGAGGCCCGCCCGCUUUGGGAGUUCUUCCGCAAGUCUCGCGUGUCCAGCUCUGAGCUACUCUGCUCCUCACCAUCCCUGCGCCAUGGCCAGGACCUGCGCUUCCUGCGUGAAAUGGACUUUGCCCUCUGCCCACUCCCUGACCCUGGCUCUCUGGCCGGGACCACCACCACCACCUUUAGCACCAAGACCCGCUGGUGGUUUUCCAAGGCCAAGCCCGUCUCUAGCUCCAAGAGCAUGUUCUCUAAGACCUUCGAGACCAUCAAGGCCUUCCCCUUCUCUGCUGCCAUCAAGCCCCACAACCCCCCCACCUCCUCCUUCUCCUCCAAGUACGAGCUGGGAGAAGAGGAGGCUGCGCUCCCCAAACUGGACCCCGAGGAGUAUUGGACCAACUAUGGGAGUGAGGAUGCCGCCUCAGUGCGCUGCUUUGAGCUGGACUGUCCUCCUGAGUCCCAACCCCUCCCCCCCUCAUCCUCCCCCCCUUCCUCACACUGCUCCUCCUCUCUCCUUUUCCUCCUCUCCUUGGCUAUCAUGGCCCUCUCCUUUCACCUCCUCUUUGGCUGAAUCUAAACCCUUCUGUCUCUAAAUGCUGUGUCCUAAAAGCCUGCCUUUACCCUUUUUUAUUCUCUACUUCCUCUUCAAACCUGUUUCUCGAUUCCUUCCGGGUUGACCCACCUCCUUUGACCUUUGGGGUCUGGGGGAGGGGCUUGGGGCUGUCACAGUGACAGGGCAUUAGGAGGAAGGGCAGCUUAAAAAGUGCUUACAGCUGCUGAGGUACAGAAAUGGAAAUGGCUAAUAUUGCUGUUGCUGCUGCUAGUGCUAGCUGUCAUCGCAGUUAUACACACUGCUAGUAUCUUCUAGUAUUUCUGUAUGUCUACUACUACCACUCCUGCUGGUACUUCCGUUUAGACCACCAAUAUGUUUGGAGAUAUCACCACCAUGGAGCCAGCAGUGCCAGGUUGGAGUUUUUUGUAUUUAUACCACCGUGGUCCUUAUUUUAUUAUAUUAGCUGCCAAAUUGUGAGAUGCCUCACCAACUUCUCCAAACAAUCACCACUGCUUCUGUGAGUCUUCAUCCAGUGCAUUCAGUCACACACUGCAGACGCAGGCCUGGGCCCCCGUGAGUCCACUUCUGCUUCCUUCUGUUUCUAAUGUGGGAAGGAGUGCAGGUCCUUUUUUUGAGUCAUCUCAAAAAAGCCACAGAAAAUGUACUUGAAAAUUAAGGCAAUGGUUCCCCAAUAGAUUGUACAGAGCAGUAUGUUGGACAGUUGAAUAGUGGAGCUGAAACAUUCCAGAUACAGAGGAAGUAAGUUUUCAAAAUUGCAGAAUUCAAAAGAAGAGUUUUUUUUGGUAUGGAAAUUAUGCAGUCAGUAAUUGGAAAAUAUUCAUGGUGUGAGGGAAAUGACAGUAAACAGUCAAAUGAAGACAGUAGUACACCUACACUGCAUUUAUAGAGUGUGGUAGAGAGGAGGAAAGAUAAUUGGAAAGAUGGAAAGAGAAGGAGAGAGGAAUGGGAGCGAAAAAGGGCAGUCAGACCACACCAUGUACCACUCUCUCAUAACAGUGCUCUGGUUAACCUCCCCAUACCCACCUUCCCCCUUCCCCCAGUGGUGUCCCAGUGUACAAGCUGGGUUACUAACAGGACUGAGGAAACAAGAAACAUGCCAAUCUAAGUUUUCUCUGUGACUGUGGGAGGGAUGAUGCCGGCCAUCAGGCCCCUCCCCCUGACCACUUACCUCCCAGAGUCCCCCCCACUGGCAUUGGUCACAGACCAGAGAGGGAAGCUGCACUGUUCUAAUUCCAGGGGGGGGGGGGGGGAGGGAGAGGGAACAGCUGAUGUUUCCUGUAGAGGAAUAGGUUUGAGAAGUAUGGGGUGAGCACAGAUGCUGAUCUGUAAAGGGAGAGUGAGAAGGAUACUUAGAGGUCUUAGCACACUUCACUGUAAUGCAGAUAGUCUGGUUACCUUAAUUUCCUCUCAUGCAGUACGCCAGAGCUUGGAGUUUGUGUUAUGAGAUUGUUUUAUUCAUGGCAUUCUAUCCUGAUCCAGGAGAAAAAUAUGCUGUUUUUGGGAGGGUAAUAAUUUCUGUUUGUUUGCUACCCUCUGGUAAAGUGUGUGCGUGUAUGUGAGAGAGAAAGAGAGAGGGGGAAAGAGGGAGAGUAGAUGUGUGUAUGUUUGUGUUUUGUGUGAAACUGAGAGUUUGUGCAUUUACGUGUGUGUGCAUGCAUGCCUAUGUGUGUGUGUGUGUGUGUGUGUAUGUGUUUAAAUAUCACUGUACUAUGACAUGGUGGAUAGACUGUGAAUUUUAAAACAAAAAAUUACUAUAAUUGUGGUGGUGUUUAUACCUAAAUGAUUAACAUGUGAAUAAACAGUAUUUCUGUUCUACAAAAA